CCGGCACUCGCGCUCCAAGCACCGCAGCCCCACCGUCUGCUGCUGCCGUGACUGCUCAGCAUCCCCUCUCCGUCCGUCGUGGACUCUCGGCAGCUACAGCCAGCGAGAGACAUCUACCCGACUCGCUGUCCCGCAGCUUAUCCUCCCAUCGCCGGCGCCUCGCUCGCUCCCCCGGCUACCGGCUAGGUUGUAACGUCUCUCUCUCGGACACCUCAGCAGCUUGUCGCCUGACUCUAUCUCGCCUUCAACGGAACAUUCCAACUCCAGCUAAGCUUCAGGAUCAAUAGUGAGAUCAGAAGAUGGUGAGGCCUUUUGGAGUCAAACGGGGAAACAAAAAGCGGAAGGAGAAGUACGAUGCGGAGAUCGAGGAAGGCGAACAUGAGCAAGAACCACAACCGAAGCAUCUAAAAGGAGAUGGUGUGUCGAGAGGAGAAGAGGCGGAAAAUCAGGAGAAGCAAUCAGAAGAAGCAGAGGAUGAUGUAGUUCAUCAGCUCGAAGGCAUACCACUUGAACCGGUCCAGAGUCAAGGCUCCAAGAACAUUGGGGCUACUUUUGUUCUCGAGAAGGCUACAUUAGAAGUCGCUAAAGUUGGAAAGACCUAUCAAAUCUUGAAUUCAGAUGAUCACGCCAACUUUUUGAAGAGGAACGGUAGAAAUCCAGCUGAUUAUAGACCCGACAUCGUUCACCAGGCUCUUUUGGCAAUCCUAGACAGCCCACUUAAUAAGGCAGGAAAGGUUCGUGCUGUCUAUGUGAGGACUGAAAGGGGUGUGCUCUUUGAAGUCAAGCCUCAUGUCCGUAUCCCCAGGACAUACAAGCGCUUCUCAGGCAUAAUGUUGCAAUUACUGCAAAAAUUGAGUAUAACAGCUGCGGGCAAGCGUGAGAAACUUUUACGGGUGAUCAAAAACCCUGUGACACAAUAUCUCCCUGUCAGUGCCAGACGAAUCGGAUUUUCUCACAGCUCAGAAAAGCUGGUUGAAAUGCAGGACUAUGUGGCUGCUAUUGGUGAUGAUACUCCUCUAGUGUUUGUGGUUGGUGCGAUGGCACAUGGGAAAAUCGAAACCGAGUAUACAGAUGAUUUUAUUUCAAUUUCCAACUAUCCAUUGAGUGCUGCAUGUUGUAUCAACAUAAUUUGGGAUGCCUUGCGGAAGCAUUUGAAGUUUAUUUAACCCCGCAUAGUCACUAGCUCUCACGGGACAGGUAUUAUGGGUAAUUACGCAAGACUAAGAUCUAAUAUCGAUGGAGAUUUUACAAAGAUCCAAGGGCUGAAAAACAGAGUUGAAGGUGUUGCAUCCAGUCACUCCAAAUCUGUGUCUGCCCCCUUGAAUGUUAAUGGCUCAUCAGGUCAUAGAACUUCUUUGUAAGUUUAGCUCUUGUAUAAUUUCAACGACCAAGAGUUCACAAAAGAAACAGAGGUUGUCAUUGUACUGUGACUAUCAUAUCAGCUUUCUUACUAUCAAUUGAUUGAUUGAUGAUCCUGAGGGAUCUUUCUU